CAAAAAAGAACCGAAACGUUUCGUAUUGGAUGCGAAAUCCUUCUUUGCACCAAAACCGCCUUUUUCUCAUUCUCUCUCUAAAAAUGGCUGGGGUUAACCUAGGGUUUCUUAGUCGUGUCUUAAUUUGAAAUUUCUAAAUAAACAAAUGUUGAAAAGGAAAAUUUCUUAUUCUCUUCAUAAGUUUCUUAUUAUUAUUUAUUUGAAAGAAGUUUCUAGGUCAAGCAUGGCUUGAUUCAGCUUUUUUGUCUCUCUCUCUCUCUCUCUCUCCCUCUUUCUCUCUGUGGUGGCAGUUCUGGAAUGGACAUGCAUAAUAUUUCUGGACAUGGAAACACAGACAACUUUUUGAUUCAUGGUGCUGAGAAUCCUCUUUUGACGAGUCCACUUCUUGAACAAGUUGAAGCUAUGUAUAACGAAGGAGCCCCUGAAUUUUUUCUGGAUCAGGGCUUGUAUUACCCUACUGCCGCCAAUUUUGGAUACUACUGUACAGGAUUUGAAUCACCCAGCGAAUGGGAGGACCACCGUAGGAUUUUUGGUGUAGAUGGUCCUGAUAUCCAAUAUGCGGGUGCACAAACUGAAAGUUUACCUUACGUAUAUUAUACUCCUAGCUAUGGAUAUGCAGAAUCUCCUUAUAACCCAUAUAACCCUUACAUACCUGGUGCUAUGGUAGGGAUGGAUGGUUCAUAUGUAGGAGCACAACAGUAUUACCCCAUCACCCCUUAUCAGGACACUGUAUCUUCACCUGGUUAUUUCCCUGUUGUUGUUCAACCGGAUUUCAUCCCAAACAAUUUGACAGAGCCAUUGUUAGACACGGGUGUGGCUUUCACCAAUAGACCCGAUACAAGAGGUCUAAAGCAUGGUCUUGGUUCAUCUUCUGCGGCCUUUCCUAAGAGCCAAAUAAAACCCACUUCAAUUCAGACUAAAUCUUUGUCCAAGAUAUCAGAAGGCCAAAGAGCUAAUGUUGGAACUAGCAAACAAUCUUUGACACAUGGAAGUGUUUCUUCUGGCAGUUACCCAACUCCGGCUGCAUCACGCUUGCUUCAGGGUAGGGAUGCUUCUGGUUCAAAUCAACUGCUUCCUCAUUCUAACCAAUUAAAAGUUGCAGUCCCUGCCAAUAAUGGCUUUUCUGAUUUUGGAUCAAGUGCUCUUGGACAGACUACAGUAGAUAAGCUGCGACCUAAGAUUCAUGUUAGCAGAACUCUUCAUGAUGCAAAUGGAAGACCAGAUGCUUUAGGUGAGCAGAAUCGUGGACCUAGAACGAACAAAUCGAAGAAUCAACUGGCUGUUAAGGCUUUCACAAAUAAAGUGGGAGAUAGUAAUGCACAAGGAAAUAUCAUUAUAUAUACUGAUCAGUUUAACAAGGAUGAUUUCCCAGUUGACUAUGUUGAUGCAAAAUUUUUUGUGAUCAAGUCAUAUAGCGAGGACGAUGUGCACAAGAGCAUUAAAUAUAAUGUUUGGUCAUCUACUCCUCAUGGAAAUAAGAAGCUGCAGAGUGCCUAUGAGGAUGCACAAAAGAUAGCUGCAGGAAAACUUCGAGCCUGCCCUAUCUUUCUAUUCUUUUCUGUCAAUGCUAGUGGUCAGUUCUGUGGUGUUGCGGAGAUGAUUGGCUCAGUUGAUUUUCUUAACGACAUGGAUUUUUGGCAGCAAGAUAAAUGGAGUGGUAGCUUUCCUGUCAAGUGGCACAUUAUUAAAGAUGUUUCAAAUUCCAGCUUUAGACACAUUAUCUUAGAGAACAAUGAGAAUAAGCCCGUGACUAAUAGCAGAGACACUCAAGAGAUAUUGUAUAAGCAAGGUCUGGAGAUGCUGAAAAUAUUCAAAAAUCAUGUAUCUAAAACCUCAUUACUUGAUGACUUCAUGUAUUAUGAGAAUCGCCAGAGAAUUAUGCAGGAAGAAAAAGCUAGGUUUGCAUUUAAAAGAUUGGAAACUCCAUUCUUAGUACCUGUAUUAGAUCCUGCUCACAAGCUGAAUUCUGUUAUUGAGCUUCCUCCAAGUAAAACUGAGAACACUAUAGAGCAGAAUGGUUCCAACAGCAUGAAGAAUACUGAGGCAUCUGCAAUUGAGCAGGGUUCUUCAAAUUCUGAUGUUUCCAAUACAAUUGUUGAGCGCGGAAAUUCUGAGAUAGUCAACGCAGGUGAUGAUAUAGAAUCUGGUUUGAAGAUUGGCUUGCUCAGUAUUAACCCGAAGCAGGCUGAACAUAAACCUUCUUCUGCUACUAGUUCUGUUGCUACUGUUGACUCUGCUGAUAUUGUCACGGUAGGAUCAGUGCCUAUUCAAGUUAACGGAUUUGCUGAAUGUUCUGGGUUUCUAAGAGUUGGUAGUAUCCCGCUAGAUCCUAAGGCAUUACAGCAGGAAAAAGGUGAUCCUCUUUCUAAGAGUCGAUCUUAAAAUUAUAGAUAUGGAAGGUUUAUCAUUAACAGGAAUGUCAUUGUGUUUGAGCAUGUCCUACACUGUAGUUUUUGCAUGUUUGUAAAGUCAUGCUCAGUUUAUAGGCUAUAGGAGUUGGGAAAUUUGAAUGUUCACAAGUUAUUUAUAUUUUUCCCGGCCACCCCUUGACAGCUUCACAAGAUGCUAUUAUAUUGAUUUACUUUUACUGAUGCCAUGGAUGUAAUUUUUCUGGGGGGUGGGUUUUUUUUUUGCUCUUGCUGCAAAAAAGUGCGAAUACAAUGUAAUUUCUUUUUCUCCUUUCGUCACAUAUAUUCAACAUAAAAGAGAAGUUUCUUUUUCA